CCUGUUUCAUUAUUGUUGCUCUGUUUCUGCUACAGCCACAAGCGAUCAACUCAUCAGAAUCCCGAAUCCAUGGAAGACAAUGAUGAGUUGAAGCACCUAUGCAAAUACUGCGGCAAGCGCUUCCGUAGUGGCAGAUCGUUGGGAGGUCACGUAAUUUCUCAUAGAGAAUGGAUCUGGGAAAGUUCACUCGAAGUUGAUGACGGCGUCACAGGCAUCUACAAAAAGAAGCUCCGUCCUCUCUCGGACUACGCUAUGGAGGUAGAGGAGGAGGAGGAGGAGGAUGUGGAAGCCUUUCUGGCGUCGUUGGACCCUAACCAUGAAACAGUCCCCAGUCGGACUGUGUCAAAAUUGUUAGAGGAAGGAGCAAUCGGUUGCCUCACCGCCCUUGUCGAACGCAAACUCCCUCACAAUCGCUUGGAUCUGUUUGCUUUUUCUAGCUGCAACAAACCCCUCAUAUCUACGGCUGCUUGGAUGGGGUUUCAUGAGGCGGUCGGGUUGUUUUUGCGCCACGGGGUUCCUCCGAGUCAUGGACAACCAGGGCGGCUUCCCAUCGAUUACGCAUUAUACUCCAGUUGUGACGACCAGUGGGAUUUGCUAGGCCGGUACGAUAUUAAUUAUCCGCAAAGGCUCUGUAGUUUGAUGCUCUGGCUCCCCGAAUGGAUCAGCGAAAAUUUCGAUUGGUGGCACACGGUCAAGCUGCUGGCACGCACCACCGAACAGGGGAUCCUGGAGAUGAGGAUUUUCCAGUAUGCAAGGAACGGCCAAGGCGGGAAGCUGCUCUGGCUCCUGCUUGUCGUCCCUGACCGAGUUCUCUCCCCAACAUUCUUCAGGGACACCCUUCUCCAGCAGCGGUUUGGAACCGCCUCUUUGUCCCUCCGCGAUUUCCUUAUUGCCCAGCUUGCUUUUGUUACCGGCCUUAGCUUCACCAUCGAACCUAAUCGUCGUUUUCCUACUGACAUUGAUCACACCAUCGAUCGCAAUCGUCCUCCCCGCCCUGAUUCGAUCCGCGGGCAUUUGCGGUACAAGAUGUUGAGCCUCACUUGUUCCCUGCGUUUGCUCGAAGUCUUCCGCAGGGCUGGCCCCCAGUUGUGUCACUUAAUGGAAAUGUUAGAGAAGGAAAAGGAAAAGGGAAGGGAAAGGGAAAGGGAAAAGCAGAGGCAAAUGUAUCCCCUUCUUCCCGAUUACCCAAUUGCUCAACAAAUCAAGACUGUGCUCAAGGAAGCUGGCUUUACUAUGGCUUCUCUCCGUUGCCCGGUCAGAGUCGCUCACCGGAACUAUAAGCCGGAGCCUGACUAUCGCUGGACUCCCCAAAGAGACGACUACCCUGAAUUGGAGUUCUUGAUUCGACCACCGCAUGUCUGCAAAAGUAAAAUCCUUGAUUCAGACUUCAACAAGGUCAUCAAGAAGUUAUGCCAUCAUCCUUACCUGAAGGAAUGGACAUCCCAAAUGUCAAUUUUUAAGUUGCUUUUCAUAUUUUGCCUCCCUGACCUGGUGGAAGAGAUGCAAUCCAUGAUACCGUUGGAGUCCAAGUACGUCAACCCUUCAACUAUUAUCCAACCUGCGUAUCUUGCUGAGUUAUGCUUCAUCUACAUUAGGGAGGGCAGAAUUGUUGAGUUCACAGCUGCUCUAAUGGCCACACAAGUUCUUCUUCGGUUGGAUAAGUCCAAUCAUGGAUCGACCUCCCAGAGGACCAUCGACAUUUCCAGGGAGGAAUGA